AUGUGCGAAUUAUUCAAAACCGGUUAUAAUUACGGGCUCGUGUCUCCGGUUCUUGGUUUAUUGGCUUACAAUUCAAACCCGUAUGGUGUGGCUGUGAAUCCUUAUGAGAUUAACAUAAUGGGCACGGAACAAAACUCUAUUUUGAUCAAGUUCUUGAGUAGCGUGGCAAGUGGGAGCCCUAAACCUAACACGAAGAACUCAUCUCUCUUGUGUGCUUGCUUCACAAGUAACGGUAACAUAACGUUUAGGGAGCAAGUUUCAGCCUCCGUUUUCUUGGGAACAAGACAAGGGCAUUAUGUGCUGGUGAUUAGAGCUCAUGAUAGUAGUGGUCGUGGUAGUACGUUGGUAACGCCGCCGUCAUCUCCGGCGGUGAAUGACGGUGGCGGAGGGAGAUUAGCGGUUGGGAGUGUAAUUGGGUCAAUGAUUGGAGCGUUUCUGUUACGGUUAUUGGUGGUGGCGAUGGUAGUGAAAGGGGAGAAGAAAACGAUGAGAGAGGAGAUGGAGAGGAGAGCUUAUGAAGAAGAAGCACUUCCGGUUUCAAUGGUGGGUCAUGUUAGAGCUAAUCCUAAUGCUUCAAGAACAAGAACGGUUCCAAGAUUUGACAAUACUAGGUACAGUAAGUCAGUAACAAGUAUCAACAAUCGUAAAUUAGGUAGAUCGUCCUUCUUGAUAUAA